CGCUCCGUGUUGUAUUUAUCCUAACUGCUGGCAGGGAGAACAGAGGUCUUUUGGUCCUCAGUCAUCUCAACCAGUAGGCUGGAGGACUUCUGGCUUUUCUGCAUCUCAGCGUUGCCUCUGCUGGUUUCCGGGACUUGAGAAGCUAGCUGAGCUCCAGGAUCACAGGUUAGGCUAUGCCAGGAAGAGAACCUGGGAGAGAGUCCUAGGGAGGGAAGCUGUUAAUUUAGGAUGUUACAUUUCAAUCUCCCUGACAACCACAAGAUGCUACAAAGUACAUCAAGAAUCAUCCUGAAGACACAUUUGCAUUUUCAGCAUCAGAAGCGUAGAGGCUUCACCCAGCCGUUCUCCGGUGCCCAGGUCGUGGACUGCAAAAGAAGCAUCCCUUAUGCUCUGGACUCCUAACACCAGGAUUACUUCACUCCCCUUUGCGGACACUAAGGGGAAGAAGAAUAUGGUAAGCUUCCCACACAUUAGCAGCAAAGUCCUGCUGAAGUCAUCCCUGCUGUAUCAGGAGAAUCAAGCUCACAAUCAGAUGCCGACCUCACAGCUCAAGGCUUCAAAAAUACCUUGCCACCCUAGCAUUGAAACCCAGGAUUCCAAGGCAGAGGAGAAGUCACCAAAGAAGCACAAGGUGCCUCUGACAGCAGCAGAGGCCCUAAAGCUUUUUAAGAACCAGCUCUCUCCGUAUGAGCAAAGUGAAAUCCUGGGCUACACGGAGCUAUGGUUCCUGGGGCUUGAAGCCAAGAAGCUCAACGUGGCUCCUAAGAAAUUCAGCAAGACGAGUUUUGAUGAUGAGCAUGGCUCCUAUCUGAAGGUCCUGCAUGACCACAUUGCCUACCGCUAUGAGGUUCUGGAGAUGAUCGGGAAGGGGUCGUUUGGACAGGUGGCCAAGUGCUUGGAUCACAAAAACAAUGAGCUGGUGGCCCUGAAAAUCAUCAAGAACAAGAAGAGGUGUGGCUUGGGGGAUGGCAUAGGCCACAGAGGAGGGACUCUUGCACAGAGGUUGCAACUGGCAGUGCACAAGUUCAAACUCAGCCUUCUACUGUUUUUCCCCCACAUGCAUCACUUUCCCCCUCUCUUUUCCAGAAUCAACUUGUACGAGCUGAUGAAGAAUAACAGCUUUCAAGGCUUCAGUCUGUCAAUAGUUCGGCGCUUCACUGUCUCUGUUUUGAAGUGCUUGCAAAUGCUUUCCGUAGAGAAAAUCAUUCACUGCGAUCUCAAGCCCGAAAAUAUAGUGCUAUACCAAAAGGGCCAAAUCUCUGUCAAAGUCAUUGACUUCGGAUCAAGCUGUUAUGAAAACCAGAAAGAAUACACGUAUAUCCAAAGCCGGUUCUACCGAUCCCCAGAGGUGAUCCUGGGCCACCCCUACGACAUGGCCAUUGACAUGUGGAGCCUGGGCUGCAUCAUGGCAGAGUUGUACACGGGCUACCCCCUGUUCCCUGGGGAGAAUGAGGUGGAGCAGCUGGCCUGCAUCAUGGAGGUGCUGGGCUUGCCGCCAGCCCGCUUCAUUCAGACGGCCUCCAGGAGACAGACGUUCUUCGAUUCCAAAGGCUUGCCUAAAAGUAUAACCAACAACAGGGGGAAGAAAAGAUACCCAGACUCCAAGGACCUCAUGAUGGUGCUGAAAACCUAUGACACCAGCUUCCUGGACUUUCUCAGAAGGUGUUUGUUGGAUGGAGAGGUGUUAGCAAAAUACUCUUCUGGCAUCUGUGCACUCUGGAAUUUUGGUACUAGCUCAAGGGUGAACCAUGAGCCUUCAGCAGAUGAGAUCACCAGAGAGACUAUAGACAAAACAAAAGAUGGCCCCAUGAGGCAUAUUCAGCAUUCAGGUGAUCAGCGGGACCCUCUCCAGCACACAGCUGACACUGUUCAGCUGCCUCCACUGGUAGAAGCUCUCCCGAAGUCAGAGGCAGCUGUUGGGGCAGAAGUGUCCAUGACCUCCACAGGACAGAGCAAAAAUUCCUCCCCAAAGAACACAAACAUUUUACCCCCCAUUGUAUGACCUUUGCUGAGGGUGUGUCCUGCUCCUUUCCACCAGUGAUUUGUAUUGACAGCACUUACAUUGGACAAUACUUCAGACUGUUGCUUUUUAAUACAGAAAAGUUUAUUUAAAAAAACUCU